AUUUAAAAGUUCUUUGCAGAAGAAUAUUUGACCAGAACUAGAGUAUCACGAUGACAACAAGAUUCAUCUGUUUAAUACUAGUAGCUGUUGUGGGAGCUACAGCAAGCAAAACACAGGAAUUUGAAGGCAAUGACGAUGAAACAGAACAAGAAUUCAUUUAUAUGAACAGAUAUAAGCGUUCCAGUGACACACAGGACAAAUGCACUUACACCUUUAUUGUACCUCAACAGAGAGUGACAGGUGCCAUUUGUGUUAAUUCUAAGGAGCCUGAAGUUCUACUUGAAAACAGAGUAAAUAAACAAGAAUUACAGUUACUUAACAAUGAACUUCUCAAACAAAAGAGACAAAUAGAAACUCUCCAGCAACUGGUAGAGGUGGAUGGUGGUAUUGUUAAUGAGGUUAAACUCUUAAGAAAAGAGAGCAGAAAUAUGAAUUCUCGCGUCACACAACUCUAUAUGCAGUUACUACAUGAAAUUAUCCGAAAACGUGACAACGCAUUAGAACUUUCUCAACUUGAGAAUAAGAUUUUAAAUCAAACUGCAGAUAUGUUGCAGCUUGCAAACAAAUACAAAGACUUAGAGCACAAGUACCAGCAUUUGAUGUAUAUUGCCAACAAUCAGUCAAUUAUAAUUGCCCAACUGGAAGAACACUGUCAAAGAAUGCCAUCCAUAAAGCCAAUGCCACAGACUCCACAGCCACCAAAUAAAGCAUACCAGCCUCCUACUUACAAUCGCAUUAUUAACCAGAUAUCUACUAAUGAGAUUCAGAGUGACCAGAACUUAAAGGUUCUGCCACCUACCUUACCAACCAUGCCUGCAGUUACUAGUAUUCCGACUUCAACAGAUAAACCAUCUGGGCCCUGGAGAGACUGUCUACAAGCAUUAGAAGACGGCCAUGAUACAAGCUCCAUCUAUCUUGUAAAACCAGAAAACACAAACCGGCUUAUGCAAGUCUGGUGUGAUCAACGGCAUGACCCUGGUGGCUGGACAGUCAUUCAGAGACGGCUGGAUGGGUCCGUCAACUUUUUCAGGAACUGGGAGACAUACAAGCAAGGAUUUGGUAAUAUAGAUGGAGAAUAUUGGCUUGGAUUAGAAAAUAUUUAUUGGUUAACAAAUCAAGGCAACUACAAACUGCUCAUAACAAUGGAAGACUGGUCAGGUCGAAAAGUAUUUGCUGAGUAUGCUAGCUUCAGACUGGAGCCAGAAAGCGAGUAUUACAAGUUGAGAUUGGGACGCUACAACGGCAACGCGGGAGAUUCUUUCACUUGGCACAACGGUAAACAGUUCACCACGCUGGACCGGGACCACGACGUAUACACAGGUAAUUGUGCUCAUUACCAGAAGGGAGGAUGGUGGUACAAUGCAUGUGCCCAUUCAAAUCUCAACGGAGUUUGGUAUCGUGGAGGACACUACCGCAGUCGAUACCAGGAUGGUGUUUACUGGGCUGAAUUCCGGGGGGGAUCAUAUUCACUAAAGAAAGUUGUUAUGAUGAUAAGACCUAACCCCAACACAUUCCACUGAAAUGAUCGUUCUCUUGGUUUGCUUUCUUGUUCUAAAAAUCAUGUAUAAAGCUAUUAUUAUCUGAAUUAUCUUUUCAGAAAUGAGGACUGUAAGAUAUUGUACAUUUAUUGCUGAGAAAAAUGAGGCUUGUACAUUGUAUUGUCAAGAAUCAUUCCAGGAAAAAAAAACUGAAGAAAAAAAGGAACUGAAAUGACAUAACAUUCAGAACACCUCUUGGUACUAAACGUAGUUAUAUUAACCCUUUUAGAACUGGCAGUUUAGAUGGACUGUAGAUACACUUUCUGUUUUUUAUUCCCUGUAAAUUAAGUCUGGAUGGCAAAAAUACUGCCACAACAUUUAAAUAUUUUUGUAUGUUAUGUAUAAAUAUUCUCAAAUACAGGAAAUAUUACAAACUGUACAGCAAGAGUUUUAUUAUUAUAAUUAUGGCAAUCAUUUGACACAGGAAAUAAUAUCCUUUGAACUGUGUAGCUAGUAUAUGUACAUUAGCGUGAUUAUUCUAAUUUAAUCUUUGUUAACUGUCAUGAAUAAAGUUAGUAC